AUGGCAGUGCAGCAAUGCACGGUGGCGCUAGUGGUGGCCGUCGCCCUCGUGGCAGGGCCAGCCGUCUCGUACGCCGCCGAAGCCGGCAACGCCCCGGCCGGGGCACAGCCCAAGGCCACGACCGAGGAGCAGAAGCUAAUUGAGAAGGCCAACAACGCCUUCAAGGCGGCCGUGGCUGCCGCAGCCGCAGCCCCUCCAGAGGACAAGGGCAAUAUAUUCGUGAAGACCUUCAGACAGAACAAUGGCAACUGGUCUCUCGAGGGGGUCACCGACGCGUCCAGCUCCACCGACAGUCUCAACACCAGGGUCACCUUCGCUAUGAUGAGGGCCUUUUGGGACACCAAGGGCGCUACCCCGGAGGCCAAGUACGACUCCUUCGUGGCUAUCUUCGGCGAGUCGCUCCGCAUCAUCGCCGGCAUCCUCGAGGUGCACGCCGUCAAGCCCGCUGCCGAGGAAGUCAAGGGCCCGAUCCCUGCCGGCGAGCUGAAGGCCAUCGGCCAGAUCGACGCCGCCUUCAGGACUGCAGCCACCGCCGCCGACGCUGCCCCGGCCAAGGACAGGUCCGCCGUCUUCGACUCCGCCUUCGACAAGGCCAUCAAGGAGACCACGGGCGGUGCAUCCGGGGGCUACAAAUACGUCCCCGCCCUCGAGUCCGCGGUCAAGGAGGCCUACGCCCCCACUAAUCCCAAAAACCCUAAGAUCAGGCUUAUGACCUAUGAGACCGCCAUGGUCGAGACCAUCUUCGCCAUGGCUGCCGCCGCCACCGCCGCCGCUCCCACUCCCGCCCCCGCUGCCGGUGGCCACAAAAGCUGAGCUAGUGAGCUCCCCGUACCUAUGCUGCAUAUGCAUACGUGCGUAUGUCAUGUGGCGGCAGCAUUUUUGAUCGACAAUCAAUAUCAAUUCUUGUUUUUCGUGUCA